AUGUCAUCUGCAAAAUAUUGCACCAGAGCCUCAGAAGAGGGGCUUGUGAAAGAGAUUGGAUCCAGAGCAGCUCUGUACUUAUUAGUGGAAUCAUAUGCUGGUUCUCAGAAUUCAUUUCUACAAAUCAUAGUCCCAGAGAAACGCCAAGAAAACACAAGUGAUAAUUCACAAGGCCAGAAAUCCUAUAUUAUUCCAAUAGAUGAGAAGCCAUAUACUGUGCACCUAAAACAAAGGUAUUUUUUAGGAGAGAAUUUUAUGGUUUAUAUGUAUAAUCAAGGAUCUGUAAGUGCCUAUUCUUCAGAUAUUCAGCCUCAAUGCUACUAUCAAGGAUAUAUUGAAGGCCAUCCAAAUUCUGUUGCUACACUGACCACAUGCUCGGGACUGAGGGGAAUGCUGCAGCUUGAAAAUGUUUCUUAUGGAAUUGAACCUCUGAAAUCUGCAGUUGAUUUUCAGCAUAUACUUUAUAAAUUAGGGAAUGGAAUCAACGAACUUGGACUUUUUAAGAAAAAUAACAGAAACAUAGAAAAACAGCCAAAGUACUAUACCAUUUUUAUAGAUGAAAAAGCGGACUUACAAGCUCCAGAUCUAUUUCCUCUUUAUCUAGAAAUGCAUAUUGUGAUAGACAAAGCUUUGUAUGAUUACUUAGGCUCUGAUAGCAUGAUCAUAACAAACAAAGUCAUGGAAAUGAUCAGCCUUGUAAAUUCAGUGUUUACACAAUUUAAAGUGACUGUUGUGCUGUCAUCACUGGAGUUGUGGUCGGAUAACAAUAAGAUUUCUACAGUUGGUGGGGCAAAUGAAUUACUGCAAAAGUUUUUAGACUGGAAACAAUCUUAUCUUACCCUAAGGCCUCAUGAUGCUGCAUAUUUAUUCAUUUAUAGAGAUCAUCCAGAUUACAUGGGAAUAACAUUUCCUGGAAAGAUGUGUGUUAACCUUUAUUCUGCAGGAGUUGUACUGUAUUCUAAGGACUUAACUUUGGAGGCAUUUUCAGUUAUUGUCACCCAGAUGCUGGGACUUAGUCUGGGACUAACAUACGAUGAUCCAAUAAAAUGUCAAUGUUCAGAAGCCAUCUGUAUCAUGACUCCAGAAGCCAUACAAUCCACUGGUGCAAAGACUUUUAGCAAUUGCAAUUUGAAUGAGUUUAGAAGUUUCAUUUCAUAUGUGGGAGCCAGAUGUCUUCAGAACAAACCACAGAUGCAAAGAAAUCCAAGGCCAGUAUGUGGAAAUGGCAUAGUGGAAGGAAAUGAAAUCUGUGAUUGUGGUAAUGAACAACAAUGUGGACCUCAGGCCUGCUGUGAUCAUGCAACGUGUCAGCUGAAAGAGCAGUCAGAGUGUGAUAAGGGACCAUGCUGCAGUCAGUGCAAAUUUUCACAAGCAGGCACUCUCUGCAGACCCAUGAAGCAUCCUGAAUGUGAUAUGCCUGAGCACUGUAAUGGAAGUUCAGAACACUGUGUGCCUGACAUAUUUGUAAAAAAUGGACAUCAGUGCAAAAAUAAUGCAUUUAUAUGUUAUGAUGGAGACUGCCAUGAUCUUGAUGCACGUUGUGAGAGCUAUUUUGGAAAUGGUUCAAAAAAUGCUCCAUUUGCUUGCUAUGAAGAAGUAAAUGCUCAAGUAGAUAGUUUUGGGAACUGUGGUAUGGAUCGCAAUAAGCGAUAUAUACUCUGUGGUUGGAGGAACCUCAUAUGUGCAAGAUUAAUUUGUACUUACCCUUUUCGAACUCCUUAUAUUCAGCCAAGCAUUUCUGUGAUUUAUGCUUACGUACGAAAUCAUGUAUGUAUCAGUCUGUUCAAUACUUCGAGUCCUACAGGGCACGAUCCGUUUGUGGUGAAAAGUGGUGCUCAAUGUGAUACUGGCAGGGUUUGUGUAAAUUCUCAGUGCGUAGAAUCAAGACCAAUGAAGAGUGCAUCAUCUACAUGUACACAACGUUGCAAUGGACAUGGAGUAUGCAAUUCCAAAGACGAGUGCAACUGUACUGAUGGCUACUUGCCACCAGAUUGCCAAGCACAGUCCCAGAGAUGGGCCGGGGAAGAGGGUUUAAUCAUCACAAAAGCUUCAGGGAAGUCUAGAAAGAAUUGGCUUCUAAGUUUGUACAUUGGAUUGCCUGUUCUCCUCAUGGUAUCCAUAAUAGCAGUGGCGUGGAACAGUUUGAAAAAGUGGUUCACAAAGGAUAAGAAGUCUUUAGGUGGCGAAUACAAAUCAGAAGGCAGCACUAAGACAUAUGUCAGCAGAUCCAGAGCAGAAAGCAGCAGCCAAACAGAUACUACCAAGUCCAUACCAGAAGAUAGUACCUAAGAGUAUACCAGCAGUAACUGGGAAACCCUUGAGAAGGCAGGGGAUACUACUGAGGUCUCACUGAGAAUUGAAGAUGCCACCUUUCCUCUCCUGGGCACAGCUGAAGGAAUUAAUAAACUGAGCGUGGACCAUUUG